AAUUACGCUAGCAACAUAUCAAUUAAGAUUUUUGCUAGCCUUCAGCUAACACAAUGUCAUAUUAUAGCAAUCAGAUGAACCCAGGCGCCAUGUUCUCAAACGGUUCUGAUCCAAAUCAGCCUUCGUACAAUACCAACUCAGGCCCUCAAGCUCAAGCUCAACCUCCAGCUAAUAAUGGAUAUCCAGGUUAUGCUCCUCCUCCUCCUGCGUCUUAUGGAUACUAUAACCCUAACCAUCCACCACAGGGCGGUUCGGCUGCUCCGCCUCCUCAUGCCCCAUAUGGCUAUUACCCUCCUCCUCUUCCGUCUUAUAACAAUGGACACUAUGACCCUCGAUUCUAUCAGGCGCCAGUUCGACGUUCUGCCAAGCCGAAGACGCCUUCUAAGCCCAAGGCUGCAAGGAGCGGUCCUAAGAACGUGUCGUACAAAGUUGCAGGGAAUCGGGUCAGUGGCAACACCGGGGACCAUAAUGGGGUUUUCAACGUUGGCAACAAGAAUUCCGGUCGCUGCGUCGAUGACGACGACGAUGAAGAUGAAUACUAAACGAAGGAGUUACGGAUAUUACGAAUGCUAAGGGGUUUAAGGUGUAAUAUUGGGUUUGUCAUCAGCAAGGACAAGGGAGGUGGUUCUGGGUUUUUGGGUUUUUGAUGUGAGGAGGAGGAGCAUCGGUCAUAAUCAGGGUUGGA